GGAGAAGGAGUCCAGGGGUUUAAAUAGCAGCGCAUUCGGUGGUAGUGGACAGACACGAAAACCCAGAGACCUCAGCAAAGAUGUGCACGGUGAAAAUCCUCAGUCUCCUGCUGGUGCUGCUACUCAGUGAGGGUUUUAUCUCAGCCCAGGAGGAUGGAACUGCGUUACGGCACAACCUGAAGCUUCAAGGAAUCAAAAUUAACCUCCAGCAGGGCCGCAUCGUCAAUGGUGAUGAGGCGGCACCCAACAGCUGGCCCUGGCAGAUCUCACUCGCGACCGCAUGGCAUCCCGAACGUCCUGAUGUUCUCGACCACACGUGCGGAGGCGUCCUCCUCAACAGUGAUUGGGUGCUGACUGCUGCCCACUGCAUCGUCACUAAUUAUUCUCAGUCCGUGCGUCUUGGAAAACACAAUUUGAAAAUGAUUGAAGAGGGACAACUUCAUGUGCAAAUCAAGAAUACACACGUCCAUCCGAGAUGGAAUGCAAGCUUUAUAGACUAUGGGUUUGACAUUGCACUCAUUGAGCUCAAUGAAUCUGUGCCGAUCACCAACACGACCCAACCUGCGACCCUGCCGUACCCGGAACACAUCCUGUCCAACAACCCCGAGUGUUUUGCGACCGGCUGGGGAAGUCUGUCAACCAAUGGCCCAUCACCCGACACUCUUCAACAAGCGAAGCUUCCCUUUGUCAGCUACGCCAAAUGCAGCAGCAGCGAGUAUUGGGGGACCAGAGUGAAGCCCAGCAUGAUCUGUGCAGGAGACAGCCUUCACUCUACUUGCUACGGAGACUCCGGGGGCCCUCUGAACUGUAAGACGGACAGAGGGUGGGAGGUGCACGGCCUCACGAGCUUCGGGUCUUCUUUAGGCUGUAACUUGGACACAAAGCCGAACGUCUUCACCCGCGUGUCCGGCUACAGUGCCUGGAUCACCUCCAUCACGGGGAUGCAGUUCCCCACAACGGUAUCACCAACAACGACCAGUACAUCGUCCCCGACGACCAGUACAUCGUCCCCGACGACCAGUACAUCGUCCCCGACGACCAGUAAAUCGUCCCCGACGACCAGUACAUCGUCCCCGACGACCAGUACAUCGUCCCCGACGACCAGUACAUCGUCCCCGACGACCAGUAAAUCGUCCCCGACGACCAGGGAUUGGUCCCCAACGACCAAGAAUUCGUCCUCCCCUCCUUGCAGUGUGUUGAUGUGGGAGUUCACCGCAUCAAUCGUCAUCAGUAUCGCACUGAUGUUCUGCUUAUGAAGUGAUGCUGAUUAUGUUUGCAAUGUACUCAAGAAUUAAACACAGCAAACACAGUCAUCUCAUAAACACAUGUACCAGAUUAUAAGAUAUACCUACUAAACACAUGUGUUUUGGGAAAUUGAGUAAGAUUUAUUCAAAUGAGCUAGGAAUUGGGGAGUUAAAACGUUGGACAAUUAUCAUUAUUCAUACAUUAACAUAAGUAACAUAUAUACACGAUUAUAUGAACAUACUUACAUAUAAACACUAAUUUACAUGAAACUGAUUAUUACAAUAACAUCGAACCAAUUAUUGGCCGAGCUCUGUGAGCAAAUAAACUCUCUCCACCACAAAUUACACAUCAGUUUCCACAUUUAGUGACACAUCAGCAGCAAUGUCAAGCUUUUGUUUGAACCAUUAGUUUAGUACGAGAAAUACUCUGGACCGGUUUCGACAUUCAGAGUCUCAUCAGCAUAUAAAUUCUCCACAAUCUUGAUUUUAAGCUUUCGUGACU